GCCGAGCCGCCUCGGUUCUGGGCCUGCUGCAUAUAAGCGAAGACGCUUCCUGGAAAAGCACAUCGCGCUUUGAUCUCAUAAACCUUUCACCUCGUCCGUCAAAACUCUCAAAGUCAUUACAAUGGCUGGUCGCGGCAAGGGCAAGACCUCUGGCAAGAAGGCCGUGAGCCGCAGCGCCAAGGCCGGCCUGCAGUUCCCUGUGGGCCGCAUUGCACGCUACCUGAAGAAGGGCAAGUACGCCGAGCGCAUCGGUGCCGGCGCGCCCGUGUACCUGGCCGCUGUGCUCGAGUACCUGACCGCUGAGGUGCUGGAGCUGGCCGGCAACGCCGCCCGCGACAACAAGAAGAACCGCAUCGUGCCCCGCCACAUCCAGCUGGCCAUCCGCAACGAUGAGGAGCUGGGCAAGCUGCUGGGCGAGGUGACCAUCGCCUCGGGCGGUGUGCUGCCCAACAUCCACGCCGUGCUGCUGCCCAAGAAGACUAAGGGCGGCAAGGGCGAGGAGACUGCCUAAGCCGUAAGCGGUUCAUUUCCGUUUGGGCUCUGCAUAAAAAACUCGGUGUUUCUUAACACCACCUUAUUUGACAUGGGAAGGGCCGAGUACUUCAGGAUGGUGAGGGAGAGAUGUCGUGGGAGUCGCGGCUGCGGGCCGCUGCGCCGCUGUGUCUAUCCAAGUCAACCUACCAUGUGCGCAACCUUCAGUACAGAUAAUGAUGUAUGCCUGCGUGUGAUUUUGUCAGGUGGGAUACUGUACGGGUACGUGUGCAGGGUGCGCUUGUGCAAUGACUGCGGGCUGCCGACGACCUGCCAUGCCGUGCCGCUAUCAAUGGCCCUC